UUUCAACUUGUUGCAACUUUUUUCCUCUCUCUCUUCCCUAAGUGCAAGCUCAUGCAACAACAGUUUGUUCACUUGGGCUCUUUCAGCAAACUUUUCAAAAAUGCUUACAAGGCAGAACUGGGGGUCCUGGGGUUUGUCUGUCCUGCUCUGGCAAGCACUGAUUUCUGCUGGCACCCUCGCUGAGACAACAGAAGAACAAAGAUCUAAGGGCCAUCUCGAUCUCACAGAGCUAAUUGGAGUCCCGCUGCCUUCAUCAGUCUCCUUCAUCACCGGAUAUGGAGGAUUUCCAGCGUACAGUUUUGCGCCAGGUGCUAACAUUGGCCGACCAACAAGAACUUUAAUUCCUGAGACAUUCUACAGUGACUUUGCAAUCAGUGUUACUGUAAAGCCUGAUAGCAACCAUGGAGGUGUAUUAUUUGCCAUAACAGAUGCAUUUCAGAAAAUUAUUUACCUGGGACUAAGGCUCUCACAAGUUCAAGAUGGCACCCAGAGGAUAAUACUGUAUUAUACUGAGCCUGGCUCCCACGUUUCCCAAGAGGCUGCCUCAUUUAAAGUUCCAGUAAUGACUAAUAAAUGGAACCGGUUUACCAUCAUCAUUGAAGAGCGCGAUGUAAUUCUGUUUAUAGAUUGUGAGGAACAUAACCGAGUUCAGUUUCUAAGGUCAUCCCAAGCCUUGAGAUUUGAGUCCAGCUCAGGUAUAUUUGUUGGAAAUGCAGGAGCCACAGGGCUGGAAAGAUUCACUGGCUCAAUACAACAAUUAACCAUUCAGCCAGAUCCCCAUCCCUCCAAGGACCAAUGUGAAGAUGAUGACCCUUAUGCAUCUGGAGAGACCAGUGGUUUUCAGGAAGCAGAAGAUGUUGCUGAAAUACAAGAAGCUAUCACAUACACUCAACCCCCUCCCGAAGAAACAAAACCAGAGCCAGUAGAAGCACCUCCAACAAUACCAUCUGAGUCUAAGGAAAUGGAGCUCUCAGGUGAUGCUGAGACUGAGGAUGGUCCUGAGGCUGAGGAUAGCCCUAAGGCGGAGGAUAGCCUGAAGGCUGAGGAUAGCCCUGAGAUCACCAAUACCACUCACACAGACUCCAGCAACUCAGAACAAGGAUCUGGUGAUUCUGUUCAUGACACACAAGAAAAGGACAAUGUUACUGAGAGUGACCAAAAAGCAGAGAUUGGUUCAGGAAAUGAAGAGCUCCUUGAAAUAAGUGGAGAAAAGGACACAACAGAUGAAGAAGGUUUGACAGUUACACAAGCACCUACCAGAUCUCCUGGAAAAGAAGAUGAAAACAACCUUCCAACUUACAGUCCGAGUCAACCUGUGCCAACAGUACAACCUGAAAGUGGUGACAUCUUGGGUGAAAGAGGACUCCCAGGACCUAAAGGACAGGCUGGCUCUAAAGGAGAAAAGGGUGAUCCUGGUGAAGGACAGCCAGGUCUUCCUGGGUUUCCAGGUUCCCCUGGACCAUCUGGGCCUCCUAGAACAUUGGGUAUAAUGGACAUUGAUGGUUCUGGCUUUGACUCUGGUUCUGGUUCUGGCUCUGGCUCCGGCUCUGAUUCUGACUCCAGCUCUGUUCAAUUUGAAGGCAGCGGAGAAUUGUUAAGAGGCCCUCCUGGACCACCAGGGCCACCAGGAUCACCAGGUCUUCCAGGAGAACCAGGAUCUGAAUUAUAUAUAGGACCCCCUGGCUCACCUGGAGAAGAUGGACCAUCUGGUGAACCAGGCCCCCCAGGUCCUGAUGGUCAUCCAGGACUUGAUGGAGAUGCUGGCCUUCCAGGAAUGAAAGGAGAAAAGGGUGAAAAAGGUCCUAAUGGCUCCAUUGGGGAAAAGGGUGACUCUGGAAAAAGAGGAUUACCAGGCCCCCCAGGGAAAGAUGGGGUUGUUGGGGAGCCUGGUCCCCCUGGCCUCCCUGGUCCUCCUGGACCCCCUGGAGCCAGCUGUGGAAUGGGACUUGGAUUUGAGGAUAUAGAAGGCUCUGGAAGCAUUAGAUUGUUGAGUGAACCCAAAACUCCAGGACCAACAGUGCCAAGUGGUCCAAAAGGAGAAAAAGGGGACCAAGGGCCUAAGGGUGAAAGGGGGCGUGAUGGAAAAGGUUUAAUAGGGCCACCCGGGCCACCAGGACCACCAGGAAGGACUGUUGCUGUGACCACAGCAGUUCUCAAUGGCCCUGAUGGAAUGAAGAAUAUUGCUGAACUUCCUGAACUAAUUGGCCCACCGGGACCAGAGGGCAAGCCCGGUCUACCAGGAUUCCCAGGCCCAAAGGGACCAAAAGGUGACACUGGAUUUCCAGGAUUGCCAGGUGAAAAGGGUGAAAAGGGUGAACCAGGAGCCGUUCUUGCUGGCGAUAUUCCCUUUGCUAGUUCGAUGUUAAAGGGUGAAUUUGUAAUUCAGGGACCACCAGGACCAAUGGGGCCCAAAGGACCACCUGGACAUAAGGGAGAAUUAGGUUUCCCAGGGCGACCGGGAAGGCCUGGUCUAAAUGGACUAAAAGGUGCCAAAGGAGAGCGUGGAGCAGUGUUAUUAGGCCCACCUGGUUUGCCUGGUCCUCCAGGGCCUCCUGGACCACCGGGAGCUGUGAUUAACAUCAAAGGAACGGUUUUCCCAAUUUCUCCCAGGCCUCACUGCAAAACACCAGUCAAUCCUACUCAUCCCGGGAAUCAAGAACUAAUAACUUUCCAUGGUGUUAAAGGAGAAAAAGGCUCCUGGGGCCUGCCUGGGCAACCAGGCCCAAAGGGUGAGAAAGGAGAUGAAGGUGAACCAGGACCACCAGGUCCCCCAGUUCCUGUAACAUACUUGAAACACUUUAUGGACCGAAUGAAGGGUGAGUCUGGAAACAAAGGGACCAAAGGUGAAAAGGGAGACUCCAAUGGCGGAUUUUUUAUGCCCGGGCCCCCUGGACUGCCAGGAAGUCCUGGACAAAUGGGCCAGAAAGGUGAUUCUGUCAUUGGACCCAGAGGCCCCCCUGGGGCACCAGGUUUGCCUGGGCCCCCUGGCUUUGGAGCUCAUGGACCCCCAGGACCUCCAGGACCCCCAGGGCCACCAGGACCUCCAGCAAUAUUGGGAUCAGCUGUGGCACUUCCAGGCCCACCUGGUCCUCCAGGCCAGCCAGGACGUCCAGGAUCGAGAAACCUGGUGACAACAUUUGGAAAUAUUGAAAGUAUGAUGCAAAAUGCUCAUUUGGUGAUAGAAGGCACACUCAUCUAUUUAAGUGAAAGUACAGAAUUUUUUAUACGUGUAAGAAAUGGAUGGAAAAAAUUGCAGCUUGGAGAUCUUAUUCCCAUUCCUGCUGAUAGCCCACCACCUCCUGCAUUUUCCAGCAAUGUUCAGCAACCUCUACCUCCACCAAUUUCAGUUUCAAAUGCCAAUUAUGAGAAACCAGCACUUCGCCUCGUUGCUUUGAAUAUGCCAUUUUCUGGGGACAUUAGAGCCGAUUUCCAGUGCUUCCAGCAGGCCCAGGCUGCCGGUUUAUUGUCCACUUAUAGGGCUUUCUUAUCAUCCCAUUUACAAGAUCUGUCCACAAUUGUAAGAAAAGCAGACAGCUACAGCCUGCCAAUAGUUAACCUUAAGGGAGAAGUACUUUUCAAUAAUUGGGAGUCCAUUUUUUCUGGCCAUGGAGGUCAAUUCAGUAACCACGUUCCAAUAUAUUCCUUUGAUGGCCGGAAUGUUAUGACAGACCCAUCGUGGCCUCAGAAGGUAAUAUGGCAUGGCUCCAACACAAAUGGAAUUCGACUGGUAAGCAACUACUGUGAAGCAUGGAGAACAGCAGAUAUAGCUGUAACAGGAAACGCAUCACCACUGAGCACAGGAAAAAUCCUGGAUCAAAAAACCUAUAGUUGCGCUAAUAAGCUCAUUGUUUUAUGUAUUGAAAACAGCUUUAUGACUGAUGUAAGAAAAUGAUGACCAUCUACCCUACUGAAGAAAUCUACAAUUUUAUUACCUAAAAAGUGGACACUGAAAUUUGAUUUUUAAUGAUGUAUAUAUUGCAUUUUUAAUUGCACAUUUAUAACUAAAGUAACCAAAGAAAACAUACCUCAGUACACUCAGUACUAAAAACAUAGAAAGAACUCAGAUAAAAGACAAAAUCUGAUGUAUACUUUGGUGCUAGGAUCUGCAAGGAUUCCCCAAGUGGUGUGACAAGAAAACAUCUUUGCACACAUCAAUAACAAGUGUGUAAAUCAAUGUAGGCACAGAAAUGUGCCCAUGCAAUAUCACAGCUGCUUUCACGCCACUGUUUCCUCAAGAAAGCGGUUUUCUCAUUUUAACUGUCUCUGCUGAGUGUCAGAUGCUCUUCAUGUUUUCUUAACAAAAUUUUAGCAACAAUAUCCCAUUUUAAGUUAUGUGUGAACCAAAUGUUUCAUUCCUUAUCGUGCACCCAUCAUUUAUAACUGCUAUUGUUCACAAAGAGUGGGGAAAACCCUAAAAAUGAACUAAUUUUUAUUCUUAAAUGCUAUCAGUAAGUAUUCAUUUUCUUCAACAGAAUUACCGAUUUGCCAUCAUAUUUUAGCAGGCUUACUUUUUCAAAUAAUCAUAGCUUAGUGUGGCAUUUGUUCAUGUACCAUAACCGAACUGACUUGCUGGAAAAGUUGAAAUUCCAAAGCAUCUUGGAUGAGAAAUGUGACUAUAAAUAGAUGUUGCCUGACUCCUUUAAAAAUGAUUUUGUGACUUGUAUUUGACAACUCUUGAAUUGUAAUACUUUUAGCAAAAUGAGAAUUUACACGCAAGUUAUUUUGCUGGUAAACAUACAUACACAUAUAGAUAUAUGGAUACAUAAAAUUUUGUUUUAUUUUUCCAUCUGAAUUAACAUAAAAACAUUUUUUCCAAGAUUAUCCUAUGUUCUCUCCAAAUAUCAUAUUUUCAUUGUUAUGAUAUGGAAAUAAACUUUUGAGGGGUUUUCAAACCA